AUGGGACACAGCGACUCUUGCAAAGCCCUGGCGCCGCACCCGACCCGACCGUGGUUCAUCACCGGAGGCACCGACGGCGUCCUCAGGCUCUGGGACGCUCGCUCGAGGAGGCAGCUGAGUGCCGCCAAGCUGGUGGGCAAAGUCUGCAGCGCGGCGUUCCACCCGGCAGGGGAGCUCGUUGCCGUAGGGAGCGAAGCCGGAGACUUUCUGCUGAUGGCACUGAGACUGCCGCCGCGGCAGUCGUCCACGGCACGCCACGAGGACCCGAACCGCCGACAAGAUGCCUCCGCAAUAGAAGAAAGAGACGAGACGACGUUGGGUUUCUCGUGGGAUGUGCUCGCUCGGAAGAGAAUAAUCGGUGGUGGCGGCGGCGGCGCUAGCAGUCGCGCCCCUGGUAGAACCAGCAACAGCAACAGCAUCGACAGGAGAGCAACGCCGGUGGCUGAGCAAGGGAGCUUUCACAGGGAUGGGGGUGCCACUAACGUCCCCGUCCCCGCAAAUGCCACUUUUGCGGGCGGCGAGGAGGACUUGGCCGAAGGAGUCGGCGGCGGGGCUGCACACAACGGAGGCGGCGGCGGAGAAGGGUUUGGAGCCGACUACCGACAUCGACAACCAGGACCCGUAAACUUCGCGCCAAAACCAGACAACGACGAGAACGGCGGUAUUGCCGGCGCGUCACUGUCACCGCCGCGGCCUGCGAAAGGAAACAAGGACAGGCUCCCGUCACCUCAAUGUCGCGGUUCAUACGCGGCGAUGGGGGCAUCGGCGGCGGCAGCAGCGACAGCGGGGAAGGCGAUGAUAAGCGUCAGCGCGUUGCGCUUCUCUCCGGAUGGCGGGGUCUUAGCGGCGGCGUGUGGGAUGUCGAUAUUCCUCUACUGUGAAGCAACAGCGGCGGCACCGGCGGUGAAGGACGGGGCAGGGGCUGGAACGGCCCGGGAGGCGGCCAUGGCACCCGACAGAGACGGUCGUGUCGCCGGUGAUGGUUGCAGAAAUGGCAGAAGAAACGACGGCACCAGUGGAAUGAAAGCGAGCUACCACCGGUACGCGGUGUGCACUGGGCACGUAAGCAAGGUCAGAUCCUUUGACUUCAGCCGCGACGGGUCCGUCCUGCAAAGCAACGACGCAUCUGGCGAGCUCCUUUUCUGGGAAGCGUCGAGCGGAAAGCAGGGAUUCCGGGGCAGUUGGGUUGGUGGGGGGGCAGCGGACGGAGGAAGAGGGGAGGACGCCGGGGCGGGUGUUACAGCAGUGUGUCGUUCGAAGGCGGAGGACGUGAUGGCGGCGGGCGACGGGAACGGGUGCAUCAGGGUUAUGCGCAACCCCGCUCCCUUGGGCGGCGAGGCCCGGAUGAACUGGGGGCACAAGUCGGCGAGUGGAGUGUCGGGGGUAUCGUUUCUCUGCGACGACCGCAGGCUGGUCUCCGUCGGUGGCACAUGUGUCUUCGUCUGGAGGCAAGUGGUUCUGCACGUGCGGCGUCCAUCCUCACACGGUGAAACGAGGCAGAACAACGACCGCGACGACUAG